GGCAUUCCAGAUCUUCGCAGACGUCGCAGAUCAACAUGUCGAGCCCCAUCGAGCAGUCUAAGCGCACCGCUGCGCGCCAGGCCGUGGACGAGUACGUCAAGAGCGGAUACGUCGUGGGUGUCGGCAGCGGCUCCACGGUCGUGUACGCCGCUGAGCGUCUCGGAGAGCUCGUCAAGGAGAAGAAACUCACGGACAUCAAGUGCAUCCCGACGUCGUUCCAGGCCAAGCAGCUCAUUGUCCAGCACAAGCUCACGCUCUCGAGUCUGGACGAGAACCCCGUGAUCGACGUCACCAUUGAUGGAGCUGACGAAGUGGAUCUCCAACUCAACUGCAUUAAGGGCGGAGGUGGCUGUCAGCUGCAGGAGAAGAUCGUGGCGUUUGCAGCCAACAAGUUCGUGGUGAUCGCUGACUACCGCAAGGAAUCCAAGCAGCUUGGCGAGCAGUGGACGCAGGGCGUGCCCGUCGAGGUCGUUCCGAUGGCCUACGUGCCGCUUAUGAACAAGAUGGAGCAGGACUUCGGCGGUAAGUCCGUGCUGCGUAUGGCCAAAAGCAAGGCUGGACCUGUGGUCACGGACAACGGCAACUUCGUGCUGGAUGUCAACUUCGGCGUCAUCAACGACCCUAAGACGCUGUGCGAUCGUCUCAAACUGCUGCCUGGUGUCGUGGAGGUCGGACUCUUCUGUGGCAUGGCUGAGAAGGCCUUCUUCGGACAGACGGACGGCUCGUUCACCACACGGGUAGCGGACAAGUCUGCCUAAGUUUUGUGAGGCGUUUCUCUCUACAAGGAAAAGAUA